AUGGAAGCUUGUACAGCAAUUAUGAGAGAAAACGUCGAUUUGAGUUCACAACUGAAUGAGCAAGACUUUCCUGCCCUCCCAAAAGCGGGGUUAUCUCGUCCUGUCAAAGUCAUAGGUGCUUUAACACCUUCCUACCAAGCUAAAACCACGGAAGUCUUGGAAAUACCCUUUGAGGAGAGGCGAUUCGUUAAUAAUGAAGAAGAUAAUAUUUCGGCCGGUAGAAGAUACAAUGUUCAGAGUAAAAUCUGUAUGGAAAUAGCAAGAGAUACAAAUGUCGAAAUGAAUUUGAACAGCUCCAAAAAUCAUAUUUUGACGGUUGCUAUCUCGGGAGAGCCAAGCAGAGUGGCUGAGGCAAAGAGAAGGGUGGUAGCUGAAUUACAACAACAGGAAACUGUUCGAAUUUCUGUUCCGGUUGAGUGUCGGGGUUAUUUAAUUGGUCGAAAAGGGGAGCGUUUACAAGAACUUGAGUCAUCUACGAUGACACGAAUUAGCAUUCCACCUCACAAUGCUCUCGAUCCAAAUGUCGUCAUUGUUACAGGUCCCAGAAGAGGGAUUUUAGAAGCAGAAGGUCUAAUAUAUGAAAUUGUUCGCAAACAAUCCCAACAAGCGUUUGAACGGCUUUCGAUCCCAAAAAUUUACCAUCCUUUUAUAUGUGGACCAAACAACCAAAUUGUAAAUGAUCUGAAGUCUCGAACUGUCACCAAAAUCAACAUUCCUCCUCCAAAUGUAUCAGUCGAUGAAAUAACUGUUUCUGGCAAGCGCGAAGGUGUUGCACAAGCGGUUAAAGAAAUUCAAGCUAUAUAUAAUGAACGGCUUGAAACUACGAAGACAAUUACUGUUAAGGUUGCUAGAUCACAGCAUCGCAUCAUAUUUGGUCAGCGCGGUUCUGGAAUCGCAGAUAUUUUAGCUCAAACUAGUGUGUCUGUCGAACUGCCAGUGGAUGAUGGGAAUGAGGAGAUUAUUUUGCGAGGUAAACCUGAAGAUCUUGGACGUGCACUCACAAUGGUUUAUGAACGGGCUCAAAGCACCAUGACAGAGGAAAUUGAAGCACCUAAUCGCUUCCAUAGACUAUUAAUUGGAAGAGGUGGUUCUAAACUAACAGAGUUACUGGAAGGAUAUAAACGAGUUCAAGUAAGCUUUGGAGAUAACACUGACAGAAUCUCUGUUGAAGGUCCUUGUGAAGAAGUCGAAGUUAUUGUCGAGCGCUUAAAAAGUCGCUUAGCAGAGCUACAAGCUACUGUUGCUAUGGCGACAGUAAAAGUAGAUCCCAAGUACUACCGACACAUAAUUGGUAAACAAGGAGCUACCAUUGGUCGUUUGCGUGACUAUAAAGUACGUGUUAGACUUCCUGAUUCAGAUCGGGGUGAUGCUUUCUCUGAUGAAAUAGUGAUAGAAGGGGAUCCAGUUGGAGUUGAAAAGGCAAAGCUCGAAAUUCAGCAAUUGGUGGAGAGACUGGAGAAUGAGAAAUGCAAAGAUGUGAUUAUUGAUCCUCAUAUCCAAAAUUUGUUACGUUCAAGCAUGAAUGGGACUUCUUAUAUUCGUACCAUUUACGAGACAUUCCCUCAAGUACGCAUUAUAUGGCCUGAAAAUGAUGCGAAUGAUUCCAUGUUUGAAGAAAAUCCAACUAAAAGUAUUGUUCAACUAAGAGGUGAUCGUCAGCAAGUCGAUGCAGCAAGCGAAAAGUUAAACAAACUGAUUAAAUUAGUGAAAGAGGAGAAUUAUAGACAAGAGAUACAUAUUUUCAAAGAGAUACGGUCUAGUUUCCUUGGACGUGAAUAUCCAAGAGUGCGUAAAAUUCUUGAAGAUACACAAACACGUCUGCAAAAUCCUAAUGUCGGUUCUAAUCCUGAAAUUUUCACUGUAAUUGGACGAGAGGAAAAUGUGCGCAGGGCAAUUGAACAGUUAGAAGAACUACAAAAGAAACUGGCUACUGUUAAAGAAGUAACUGUUUCUAUACCAUCAGCUUUGACAACUAAAUUUGCUGGAGAUCAAGCUCCAAGUUUGAGAUCAAUUUGUGAACAGUGUGAAGGAGUACAUAUAAGAUUUGCAAAUAAUAAUAAUAAAAAUACUAAAGGACAAUCAAAUAAAUUAAGCCAUAUGGAAAUAAUUGUACUUGGACCAGAAAAAGAAGUUCAACAAGCAUGUUCAUUGUUAGAUCAACUCAACGCAAGAGUAUCACAAUUAUGUGCUGAGGAAAUUGUUCAUGCCAAUCCUAGAUUUCAUGGUAUUCUUAUAGGACGACACGCAUCGAAUAUAACACAGUUUCGCCGCCGUCAUAAUGUGGAAUUAGUGUUCCCAGAUCGUUUUGAAUCCGAUCCAAAAUUGGCUUGUGAAAUUCGAAUUGUUGGUACUAAAUCUGCUGUGUCGGAAGCGAAACAUGAAUUGGAAGGUGUUGUAAAAUCUUUGGAAGACGAAGUGGAAAAAUCAAUUCCAGUUGAUCCAUCUAUAUUGAAAGGAAUUAACCAGUAUCGUCGCAAUUUUCCGAAUUCCGAUUUAGAAACUGUCCGUGUAAUAAUGCCCCGUUACAAUAAUCAUGUACAAUCCAAUCCAGAAAAUUCAACUGAACAUUCCACUGAGCCUUUGUAUAUUAAAUUAAUUGGCUCUAAAGCAUGUGUUGAAACUGCAGCUGAAGUUUUGCAACAAAUUAUCAAAGAUAUGCAAGAACAAGUAGUUCAAGAAUUUCCUUUCACUGAUCCUAAUCAUAUUUCUGUGUUGGAACGCAAUCGUUCACAUCUACCGGAACUCGAACGAUUAUAUAGAGUGCAGAUUAGAUUUAGUCGUUCAUUUGAUAAUUCUGACUUCGAUAAUUUCUCAACAUUUGAUGAAAGAUCAGUUAAUCAAUCAGAGUUUCACCCUGUUUCUGGCAUUCUUGUGAUAACAGGCGUACAAGAACGUAUUAAUCAGGUAUUUGAAGAAGGCAUAAAGCCUCUUCUACCUAUUGAAGAAACAUUCCCAGUUCCUCAGGAAUUUCAUCGUAAUUUAAUAGUUACUACAUCAGAUACAACACGUGAACAGUCACGUCGUUCAUUGCGUGGCAAUAAUAAUAGUAAUAGUAAUAAACGGAAUAAUAAUGUGCCUGAACAAGUGACAAAUAUAACUGCAGAAACCUUACCUAAAGCCAUGGAAAUCAGGCAAAAGCAUUCUGUUAAUAUACGUUUGCCACCUCAACAUGCUUCUGGUUCCGACUACAUUUUUUUACGUGGUACACCAGCGAAUAUAGAAGCAGCUAAAGUUGAUCUAGCUGAUUGGUUACAACAAUGUGAGCUAAUGAAAGCGGAUAAAAUUGCACGAAGUUAUGAAACAGUUGUAGAAUUUCCUUAUAGAUUCUUAUCAAGUAUUCUUAGCAUAAGAGCUGAUCUCUGCUCUAAACAUGAUGUUGGUAUUCGUGUAGACACUGGUGGUAGUAGUAGUACUACUACUAGUAAUAGUAAUAAAAGUUCAGUAGUUCUAAAACCGUCAACGCCAGAAGAUUCAUCAAAUGACAACAAUAGUACUGAAAUCAGUGAUGAAAUUGCUUUCUGUGGUAUUUCGAAGCCUAUAGUAGAAGACAGUAGCAAUAAUGAUAAUAACAAUAAUGUAAAUGAUGAAUUAUCAUCGACAGGAUCGCCUAAAGAGAAACAAGCAAAAAUUAUUCUACGUGGUUAUCAGGAACACGUAUCUGCAGCAAAAAUUGAACUCGAGAACACUAUUAACAAAUUGUUAGCUGAAGUCACUGAGAAUUUAUUCAUUCCUGUAGAGACACAUGCUCGACUGAUCGGUGCUAGAGGUAAUGCUAUUCAAAAAGUCAUGCGAGACUACAACGUACGCAUUGAAUUCCCUAGUAGACGAAAUAUUAAUAGCGCUAACGAAGAUGGUAAUACUGUAUUAGUAACGGGUGCACCAGAAAAUGUUGAUCAGGCAUGUGAUUAUUUGAUUUCCAAAGCAAAUGAAUUUAUUGCGCAAAGUGGAUUGUCCAAUACUAGGCAACGAUUGUUUGAAGAAGAAAUUUAA